UAAACCUUUAUUUAUUCUAAUUGUUUAGGAGAGCUGCCACGCUGUCCCUGGCCUCGAUGUUUAACACCCAUACACCACAGAUGACAGAGUUGUUGAGGAAACUGCCACAAAUGUAUCAGGACAUAGCAAGGGAUGUCAUUGAAAAUAAGGACAAUGUUGGAGAAAUACUGGAGAAAAACGGCGCCGAUUCCCCGUUGAAGAUGACCGGUCCAUCGCCGAUGAAACCGCGGAGUCUUCAACCGCCGCACACUGGCGGGAGGACGAGGAUUACUAGUCCGCUUAAACCAAUUCAUCCUGAUGAAAGCGAAAAUAUGAACCCAGAUGAGGUGAACAAAUCUUUGAGAUUGACCGCCAACGCGAUUCAGAACUAUUCGUUUGACCGCACAGAUAAGAUGCGAAUAGAUAUGAUGCCAGACGAAAAAGAUAGCGGCAUAAGUCAGGUGUAUGAUGGUGGAUUGAAUAUUGAAGAGAAGCUUGCAGCACUCGAAUUAGAACGCCUUGAAGGACGAGUUUCAAAUGGACGAUCGGGUAUAAUUCGUCCGCCAGCGGCCAUGGACGAUAUGCUUUACGGCAGUAAUGACAGCACUUCCCGAGCUUACGCUUUUCGGUCCCUUCCCCGGAACUUGGCAAUGGGCGUGGUUAUGGGAGUUACCCGCCCAGUCAGGGAAAGAAAUGUACAUAAGCCCCGCCCUCUUCGUAAAGCAAUUGCUAUGGGCGUGGCGUAUGGGAAGGGCGGGGAAACUUCUCCUACAGGUCAGAGUGUGCAGACUAACCAAACCCUAUUUUAUUCAAUAAAACUUAACUAUCCCAGUUUUGUUCAUCUGAACUAAACCAUUUUAGUUUUGUUCAUCUAAAC